AUGAGGCGAGUGACUGCCGGCCCUGGCCCAGCUUCCAUCGAGCUGUCAAAGCCAGCCUCCGACCCCAGGGCUCCCGCCCCCCCCCCCCCCGGGGCUCUGCCCCCGCUUGUCAAUCAGCGGGCAUUUAUUAAGCUCCCAUUGUGUGCCGGUCCCCGUGCUGGGUGCUGGGGCGCCCGGAAAGUAAAAGGCCCUUCCUGGCCGACUUCCUCCCCUCUCCUCCUGGGACCCUCCCGCCGGGAUGUUCCUGAGGGCCCCACCCAGGCCUGGAAGCCGGGCCUGGGACCGCUGCUUGGGGGAGGCCAGAGGCGAAUAGCCGUGGGAUGGCCCAAUGAGAGCCGCGCUCCUCCCAGGGUCGCGCAGUUCCCCCCGGUCGCCGAGUGUCUUGGCCAAGUCGCGGGAGCAGUUUGCCCGGACCUUCCCCAGAUCGGGGAGCGAGGAUCCCCAGAUCCCUCCUCGGUCUGUGGAUCCCUCGGUUCCCGCCCAGCCCCCAGUUCUCCGGGCCUCUCUGGGCUGCCCGUUCCCUCGGCCUCCACCUCCCCCGCCUGCCCCAGUUCUCCGGGCCUCUCUGGGCUGCCCCCUUCCCUCGGCCUCCACCUCCCCCGCCGCUCCAUCCCCUUUCCAGGCCCGGGGAGCAGGACUCGGGUUCUCUGGGCUGUGGCUGAAAGCCUCCUGUGCUGUGCCUCCCUCCUCCCCCCAGGGCCGGAGCCGAAGCCGGAGGCUGGGGCGCCGGGCUCCCUCCCCUCCCCCAGGGGCCGGGCUCCCCCGGCCGGCCGGAAGUACUCGGACCACUGCGAGGCGCGGGCCUCCCGGCCGGGCAAGAGCCGCAUCCCGGGCCGCGACCACCGGCGCUACUACCACGAGCACUGGCGGCUGGAGUACCUCAUGGACUUCAACCCGGCGCGCCACGGCAUGGUGUGCAUGGUGUGCGGCAGCUCGCUGGCCACGCUCAAGCUCAGCACCAUCAAGCGGCACAUCCGCCAGAAGCACCCCUACUCCCUGCACUGGAGCCCCCGCGAGAAGGAGGUCAUCAGCAGCAGCUGGGACGCCCACCUGGGGCUGGGGGCCUGCGGGGAGCCCGAGGGGCUGGGGGCCCGGGGGCCCGACGACGACGACGAGGAGGAGGACGAGGAGGAGGACGAGGACGAGGCCCCUGCCGCCCCUCCGCUCUGCCUGCCCAAGAGCACAGGCCGAUCGUCCUCGGGCAGUGGGAGUGGCCGGCGCCGGAGGCGAGGGGGCCCCUCCGCUCCCCGAAGGCCGGGUGGAAGCGGAGGUCCGGGGGCCCCUCGGAGCCUGGAGCGGCGGCUGAAGGAGUCCCUGCAGAGCUGGUUUCGGGCCGAGUUCCUCAUGGACUACGACCCUCGGGGCAACCGGCUGGUGUGCAUGGCCUGUGGCCGGGCCUUGCCCAGCCUCCACUUGGAUGACAUCAGGGCUCACGUCCUGGAGGCGCACCCCGGCUCCCUGGGGCUCACGGGCCCGCAGCGCAGCGCCCUGCUGCAGGCUUGGGGCACCCCGGCUGCGGAGCCAUCCCAGCCCCCACCAGACGAUGACCUCAGCCCUCAGGACCUGACCCGAAAAGCCCCGGCUCCAACCGCGGCGCCCUCCUCCCUGGAGCCCGCUCCCUGCCCCGGGGCCCCGAGGGCGGCGGCGGGGACAGCGGAGGCGGGGGCAGCGCCCGGAGCGUCGACCGGCCUGCCCCGGGGCCGCGAUCACCGGCGUUACUACCAGGAGCGCUGGAGGCUCGAGUACCUGAUGGAGUACGACGGAGGGCGCCGCGGCCUGGUGUGCAUGGUGUGCGGGGGCGCGCUGGCCACGCUCAAGAUGAGCACCAUCAAGCGGCACAUCCGCCAGCGGCACCCGGGCUCCACCGGCCUCAGCGGCCCGGUCAAGGCGCUCAUUGCCCAGGAGUGGAGCCGGAAGGCCACGCACCUGCUGGCCCUGGGGCUGCCCUUCCCCGAGCCCCCGGGGGCCCGGGCCGAGAGGGAAGAGGAAGAGCAGGGACAAGGGGGAGAAGAGCCCGAGGAAGAAGAGGAGGGAGAGUGGGCCGAAGGUUCGCCCUCCGCAGAGGAAGACGUCAGCGCCAAGAGGCCGGAGGAAGAGGAAGGAGAAGGGGAGGAGGAAGAGUCCGAGGCCCCAGAGUCGCAGGCGGUCACCGCCCCCCCGGCGCCCCCGCCCCCGCCUCCGCCGCCCCUGCCCCCGCCCCCUCCGCCCCCGCGCAGCCGGGAGCAGCGGCGCAACUACCAGCCGCGCUGGCGGGGCGAGUACCUGAUGGACUACGACGGGCGGCGUCGCGGCCUGGUGUGCAUGGUGUGCGGGGGCGCGCUGGCCACGCUCAAAGUCAGCACCAUCAAGCGCCACAUCCUGCAGGUGCACCCCUUCUCCAUGGACUUCACGGCCGAGGAGCGCAAGACCAUCCUGGAGGCCUACGAGGAGGCGGCCCUGCGCUGCUACGGCCACGAGGGCUUCGGGCCGCCCGCGCCGCCUCCGGGGGGCCCCGACGGGGACGUCCAGCCGGGGGCCGUGUGCCGGGCGUAGCGCCCCCGGCCGGCCCUCCCCCUCUCCCUGCGCCUUGUCUUCCUUCUCCAGUGAAAACCUGAACCGUGGGGGAGGGGGCAGGGCCCCCGGGAGGCCCCAGCUUCCCGGGGCAGCCCGGCCUGGCCCCUCCUUGCUGCCUCUCCCGCCCCAUCUUGCGCUCCCUCGCUUUCUGAAGUUUACCUCCGCGGCCGCCCUGGCUUCCCUCCUGUCCUCCCAGCCGCCCCUUCCACGUCCCCCUCUUCAACGGACCAGGGGCUUCUCCCGAGCUUUUGUUCUGUCUGUCCCGACGAGUCCUCUCUCUUUGGGCCGGAGAGAGUAAGGGACCGGCGCUGGAGAAGCCUUAGUUUCAAGCCCCAGCCCCCUCCACCCCCCACGGGGUGGGCCCUUGGGCAGAGCAGCAGGGGCCCCUCCUUCGGAGCUGGCCAAGGUGGCUGACAGGCCGGAGGAGGCCGGGGCUUGGCCCCCAGUCCCCCCACCCUCCUUUCCUCUCCCUGAGCUGUUUGAGCAAUGUGAAUUUCUGGGCCCUGGGAUUAGGCAGGAAGCCCCAACUUCCCACCAUCCCGAGGGGGAAAGGGGCUGGGUUAAAAUCGCAAGCCCCAGAAUGGAGUCCCCGGGGGCCCCAGACCUCACCUCCCUUUUCAAGCUGGGUGUCCGCUUGUCCACCGUUCAGUAUUAAGAGCCUGUGUCCUCCAGCCCUUUCCUUCUGCAUGGGGGGCAGGGGGGCUUGGCCCAAGGUCUCCGUUGCUCGGCUCCAUUGCAUGUGACCUCGAAAGGAGCUGUCCCAGAAGGGGCCAUUCCCUGCCCUGGGCUGGCUAAUGGGGGGAGCCUGGCCUUUCUGCCUGGGUGUGAAGACUGACCAGUAUCUUCCCGGCGUGCCCUCUGCCCAACGUCCAGCUGCGUCUUGGGGCCCCGGCCCUCCCCACCCUGCCCCCUUGCCAUUCCAUUUGGGCUUCCCCAGCCUGAGCAUGACAGUAUUAUGGCGGGAACAGGUGGUCUCUGGGCGGAGGAGGAGGCAGAUGGAGCGCGAGACCCGCUGCCAGUUUCAAAGUUUUAGCACUUUUUUUUUUUUUUUUUUAAUACCCCUUCCCCCUUCGACCUCACUAUUUGGCCCAAAGCUACAUGUUCUUCCUGAGGAGCUGGAAGGCGAGGACCCCGCCGGCUGGCCCUCUGCUUGCAGGCCUGGCCCUCGGACCAUUCCACUGUCCCCAGCUCGCCCUCCCGGGGGUGGGGGUGGGGCAGGGGCAGUCACAUUUCCGGCCGGUUGGAGCCUGAAUAUUUUAGGGAGCGGGGUUUUAUGAUCGUUUAGGCAGGUCCAAGUUUGGGGUGUUUUGAUUCAUUCUCUCCUGUGGAGAAAAGGUGGCCCCAAGAUCAGGCCCUUGGCUCUUAUUUUUUAUUUUAUUUGGAAAACUAUUUAAUGCUUUUAUAUGAAGGGGGAGGGGGGAGGGAGCUGGCCAUCACCUUAUGUGCAAAUGUCUUUAUUUAUUAUUCGUGUAUCAGAGAUAAGCUGUGAGCUGCACCCCAGGAGACUUUCUUAGCGUUGCCCUUGGGGAAGAAGGCAGGGUUCUGGACCACUGAGGGAGGGUGGUUGUGGGAAAAGAACAGGAGGGAGGCUCUCUAAGAGUUCCUAUGAUAGCAAGGUAGACUGAGAUCACCCCACCUCAGGUGCUUCUUUGGGCCCCUAAAUCCUGACCUCCACAAAGUAAAGGCUCCUUUCCUCAGGGGCUGUGGUUAGGGAAAGGGGACUUGUAUUUGGGUGGAGGGAUGAGCUGAUGGGUUCUUGAGCCAAAACUGGAUUGCUAAGCCCUAGCCCAGCAGCAGAAUAUUUUACCCUGCUCGGUCCCUGCUCAUGUAACCGGUACUGAGCCUUCCUGGAUCUAGAGUACCUUUGAUGAUGGACCCGGGUCCGAGGAUUCUGGGAUGUCCUGGAAAAGACAAGUAGUUGUGGUUUGGGGAAGUUUAUUACCCCUGCCUUGCCAACUCCCCCCCCCCC